AUGGCCAAGCUAGCGAGCGGUGCCAUCAAAUCAACUGCAACCGAGACGCACCUGCACCGAACCACCGUGUCCAAACUCUGGAAAGCGUUCCGGCACAACGCCCGCAUGCCGUCAUCGAAGUGGGGUCGCGUCGGAACCAAGUUGUCCUACACCACCAAACAUGUCACGGACCGCGUCAGCGGCGUCCUUGAAGACCAGCGAUCCACGAUUCGAGACAUUUCUGUAGCAACCGGUCUCUCCAUAGGCACAAUCCACCGCAAGCUCCGCGACGGCACGAUUGAGCGCCGAUCAUCCCGUCUCAAAUCUUACCUGACCGAUGACAACAUGCGUGAGCGCAUCGCAUUUUGCAGCGCUUGCGGAUACCGACGGCCUUGCCGGCGCCGGCGAAGCCGGUUUUCCUGA